UCUAUCUUCACUACUCACAUAGUCACAUCGCCUCCUCCGCCAUAAACUACGUAACUCACUACUUCAAAUCAAAACUCUCUCUCUCUCUCUCUCAUGAAAUGAUCUUCAGAUUCCUGAAUUCCUUACCCGAAUCGCUCUCCUCCCCGACGUACCCCCUGAUGCUCUACGCCGCAGCUUGGACGGCCAUCCUGACGGCCACAGUGGCGGUGGCGUCUUUCACGCCGGAGUGGGCCUUCGUCUCCGCUAUCAGUCCGUCAUCGCCGUUAUCUCAGGCGUGCCAUGGGGCGGGAUCCGUCAGGCUGCCGUUGGACAUUCCGCCCGAGGACUUCUGCCUCGCCGCGCGCCUCUUCAAGCGAUCCAGAAUAGAUAUGCUCGUGCCGCCGCUCUUCGCCGCCGUCAUCGUCGCCGGCUCUGCCUGCGCCGUCAGAGCACUUGGCUUGUGGGAGGCCGACGACGAACAACCGCCGCUGUUAUGAAGUAUGGUUAGUGGGAGCGUCAUUUUCUUCCCCUAAUUUGGAUUCCAAUCUAUGUGGCAAACCACGUCUUCACCAUAAAUUUUGGUUUUGUUGCCUCAUUUUAUAUUGUUUUCAGCCUUUAUUGAUUCAUUACGUUUUAGUGCUGUUUUCCAUACUAUAUUCUAUUUUAGAAAUAUAGAUAUUGAUCAC